CGUAUCUUUCUCCCCCUUCCCGUCUUCUGUAUUUUGCUAUGAUUGCCGACGAGAUGCGCAUAUAGAAGUCGUAGUCUCUCGCAAGAAAUAUAUGUUGAAGUUAGAUAAAACUACGAUGGGACGCGCGAGCACCAUCAGCGAAUCGGUCGAAGCAGGUCUACGUUUCAUCGGCAUGUGGCCGCGUUGUAUAAACGCAAAUAUUAAUUGGUGGACUUACAUCGCGUCAGUGGCUGUGGUGCAGUAUUUCCAAUAUUCGUAUAUCCUGGCGCAUUUCGACAUCAGCGAUCUCUCGGUUAUCAUAGACGGUCUAAGCAUCACGUUGGGUUAUAGCCUGUCGUUUCUCAAACUGAUCAAUCUCUGGUUCAAUCGUCGAAAGCUACAUAUCAUUCUGGAUACGAUAAAUAAGGAUUGGAUCGACGGGAUCGCAAUUCAUUCAGACGUAUCCACGAUGAUCAGGCACGCCGAUCUAUCUCGUCAAUGCUCCAACGUGAUGAUUACGACAAAUGCGCUGUCCGUGUUCUUUUAUACGAUCGGUGGGCCGAUACUUCGAUCGGUGAUUCAUAAGAACGAUCAGGAAACUACGGCUCGCGAGUUACCCAUUAAAAUGGAAUUUCCUUUUAAUGUUGACAACUCUCCGAUCUUCGAAUUGAUACUAGUAAUCCAAUUGUUUCAUGAUCUAUCGGUAGCUUGUAUCAUCGCUAUGCUAAACGCUUUGCUUGUCACAUUGGUACUGCAUAUAAGCGGUCAGAUUGAUAUCAUGCGGCAAGGCUUGCUAAAAAUUUCCUCCAAGAAUCACGCAUCUCUGACCGCUAUUAAAGUUUUGAUUAAUAGACAUCAAAGAAUCAUCGAUCUGUCAGACAAUGUUGAAGAUCUCUUCUCGAACAUUGCAUUACUCCAGUUCAUUUGGAAUACUUUGGUCAUUUGUUGUAUAGGCUUCUUGAUUGUAAUAUCCAUCGGUACGGAAGAAGGUGCUACGAUGAUAACGAAGUCCCUCAUCUUUUACGUCGCGAUAACUCUCGAGGCAUUCGUCUUUUGCUAUGCCGGGGAAUAUCUCAGCGCUAAGAGUAAAUCCAUCAGUGACGCCGCAUACGAAUGUCUCUGGUACGAACUGACGCCGAGCGAGUGUCGAACCUUAAUGUUCCUGAUGUUAAGAUCGCAGAAACGGUUGACCAUCACCGCGGGCAGGAUAACCGAUCUGUCCUUGGAAGGUUUCACAACCAUUAUGAAAUCGUCUGCGUCAUACAUAUCUGUGUUGCGUGCGCUUCGACGUUUGGUGACUGUCGCAAUGAAACGCAUAAGUACCAUCAGUCGGCCGGUCGAAAUCGGCUUGCGUUUCAUUGGCAUGUGGCCGGAUUCGGCUUACGCGACUCUCUGUUGGGUCAUUUACAUGACAACGAUGGUGAUAGUGCAAUAUUAUCAAUACGCAUACGUUUUUGUGCAUUUCGACUUGAAUGAUAUCUCACUUCUCAUGGACUGUCUCGGUCUUACCUUGGCGUAUACUCUCGCCUUCUUUAAGCUUCUUGCACUAUGGUGGAAUCGCCGGAGAUUUUAUUUCAUACUGGCGGCGAUGGAUCGUGAUNNNNAAGAGUGCGGUGUCAAUGAUUCGUACGCAUCUACGAUGAUUAGCGUAGCGGAUUUGUCGCGACGUUGCUCCAGCGUGAUGAUCAGCAUCAAUGCCCUAGCUGCCUUUUUCCUUUCGAUCGGCGAACAUAUGCUUCAGUCGUUGAACGAUGCUAAUCGUGUUGAUAAUAAUUCUCGAGUACUCCCCAUAAAGAUGGAGUUUCCAUUCGACGUUAGCGAAUCGCCCAUCUUCGAGUGUUUUCUGAUCGGACAAUUUCUCUACGAAUUGUUGCUGGCUUCUAUAGUUGGUAUGGUGAAUGCAUUACUAGUAUCACUGAUACUUCACGUAAGUGGUCAAAUUGAUAUUAUGCGGCAAGUCAUAAGUGAAAUUUCCACCAGCAAAUACGAUCCCAAUACAUCCUUAAUCGUUAUUAAAAAUCUUAUUUGCAAACAUCAGAAGAUUAUUACUUUAUCAGAAAAUAUCGAAAAUUUAUUUUCUUAUAUUGCUUUAAUGCAACUCCUGUGGAAUACUUUGGUUAUCUGCUGCACUGGUUUUGUAAUUAUAAUUAGCAUAGGCACCGACGAAGGUGCGACGACGUCAAUUAAGUCUGUGAGCUUUUAUAUUGCAAUAACUCUAGAAGUUUUUAUACUCUGCUUUGCUGGAGAAUUUUUAAGUGCCAAGAGUAAGUCGAUUAGCGAUGCGGUGUACAACUCACUUUGGUACAAUAUGCCACCGUCCGACAGCCGUAUUUUAUUAUUCGUGAUAUUAAGAUCGCAAAAGCGAUUAACGAUCACUGCAGGAAAAGUAGUCGAUUUAACUUUGGAAGGAUUCACAAGCAUUAUGAAGGCAUCAGCUUCUUAUGUAUCAGUAUUAAAUGCAAUGUAUUGACUUUAGGACGAUCAAUUGCUGACUAUUAUAUUUACUAUUGGCUCAGUUACAACAAUUUUAUCAGGCAAUCAUUAUCGUUGAACUAAUGAAAUUAUGCCAAAAAAGUUAUAAGAUCUAAAAUUUAUUUUAGUAUAAAAUAUUUCUUACAGAUUCAGU